GUGGAUUAAACACAGUGUUUAAUAGGUUAUAAAUUAAAUUGACAGCUGUCAUCUGUCAAUUUCUUCUUUUUUAGGUAAAAUUAAUACGAUUUAGGGAUUUCUAGGGGAAAUUGAAGCUCCCGUCUAGGGAUAUUCUGAAAUUUCAUCUGGCAACCCUGAUUGACUGACAGUGACAGUUCAUUGGUACUGAGUGACGGACCACGGGCACGGAGACGAGCCGUUAAUAACCGCUAUGAAUUCCACGAUUUUAUUGGUUAGAACUACCCACGUGAUAUCUGUGUUCGUAUUGGUCAGAGAAUUAAGCAAUAAAGACAAAUGACAAUCAGCUGUUAGACAUCAUUUAUGUGAUGGAAUUUUUAUUUUGAUAUAAAUAAAUAUUAUUACUGAUAAUUUGUAUAAGCAAAAUUAUUGUACUGCACCUACAGUGACUCACAGCCUCAAUUCUGAAAUGAUACAGUCGUUACUCAAUAAAACUAGCUUGUGUCAGUGACCAAAUAUUAGAAAAAAAAUUACAUACUGAAAGUAAGUUACUAAGUCCUCUAAAAUAGCAUAAGCUAUGUUUUGGGUUUCAAAUAUACCAUACUUAAAUAACAAUAGUUCUUUAAUUAUUUUGUGUACGAUUUUGAUAUCAGCUAAAAUGAUGUAAACUUUUAAAGGAGAAUAUUAAUAAAGAAAACAAAACUCCUUGGUGCUUAUUUCUUUGGCUGAUAGAAGAUUUAUUUCUUGCAGUUCAGCUAUGUAGAUUAUUCUUUUGUAAUAUCCGUCUAAUUGUUUUAGGAUUACAUCUUUUUCCAAACUGUGUUUCCACCUCAUCUCUCAAUUUUGGUGCACUUUUUUGGGAUUAUUUGCUAUUUCUCUGACAAUACAUCUUAGCUAUUAGGACUUUGCAGACGACUGCUCUGAAAAGUUCGUUUGAUGUUCAUCCGUACCAUUCUCUCAAGUUGCACAGCCAAGAUAUUCUGCAUCUCCCUAUGCUUCUUUUUCCUUGAAUCUUUCCCUGCAUAAUGAGUUGGAGCAAGUUGUUUUGGCCCAUACAUGGCAACAUUUUUCAUACGAAUUUCUAGUUACAUACAAUCUUUUUAUGUCAUAAGGCCAAACCCAGUUAUACCAGGAAAUUGGCUCAGGCCAUAGCAUUAUUCUCUAUAUAUAAAAACUUAGGAAAGUGUGUCCUUUUAGGUGACACAAUAGAUCGAACACAACGAGCCAUGUGUAUCUUUUUCGGUACACAGUGUUGAGGACAGUGUAUAUCUAAAAGUGGUCCCACUGGCGCUGAGGGUGUUAAUUAUUGCAUAUUUGAAACCCAAAAUUUAUUUAGCUUAUGCUAUUUUAGAAGACUCAUACUAACUUACCUACUUUCAGUAUGUAAGUUUUUUCUAAUAAAUAUUGAGCGACUGACACAAGCUAGCUUUAUUGAGUAGUGACUGCAUCAUUUAAGCUGUGAGCCCCUGUAUAUGUUUAUCAUUCAUGGCCUAGCUACACAUUAAAAUUGUUUCGUUAUCAUUCCCUGCGUUGCUUUCUUCAGCGUGCACACUGAUUUUUGUACAGCAGCUUUUGUAGCCAAUAGUUACUCUUUUUGGUUUGUUACUAACUCCCUUCUACAAUAGAGAGUUUGGGGCUUAUUAUUCGCUAAAGUGUUAGAAUGCUUGUGGGUUUUGAUAUAUGUACCUACUACCACAACUCUCAAUACAAACUUUGAUCAAACUGAUAGUGUGACGACUAGAUUUUUAUAAUUUGAACAAACUGCAGUUGUGACGUCACUUCCUGAGUUUGCUCAAACUGUUUGAUCAAAUUAUUUGAUAGUGAAACCACGACUUUAAGGAUUUAAGUAACAUCAAUUUAAUUUGCAAUAAAAAAGAUCAUGAAGAUUUGACGAUGCUUGUAAAUACAUACACCCGAUUUAGAUAAUUUAAGUGACAGCAAUGUUUAGAUUGUUUUGUCAAAUAUACCUACAUGCAACAAAAAAUCUAAUAAAAAUUUGCAUAAAAAAAUUGAAGUGUUUUAAAGGUUUCAAUCUGUAAAAACAUUGAACCACAGAAACGGUUUUUCUCCACAAAGGAACAAAAAUCGUAGCAACAUAUUAAUAAGUGAUACGUUUAAAAAUCCAAAUGUAAAUGAAAUUUCAGACUUUUUAAAAGGACACAAGACACAACAUGCCCUAUACUUCACAAAAUGCCGAAGAAAAUCAUAAUUAUUAUAUAAUAUAACAUAUAAUUUCCCCUAAAUUACUUUUCCCCAUAUCCAGUAUAUUAACUUUUAUGUAAAUUAUCUCUUUUUAAUUUUCAUGCAUUUAUAAUUUAAUUUAUAAGAUCUAUUCUAGUGCUGCCGUGUUUGUAUUGAACAACUGAAAUAAAUUAAAAGAAUAUUAUAGCUAUACAAUAAUUGUUUAUAUUUUUUAUGAGAUAAAAAGAAAUAUUUUAUGAGACUAAGGUACAGUCUAGAAAGAAGACUAGUAGAAACGAAUAAAUAGUGUUUUUUAAUCAAUACCGUUUUUCAAUACAUAUUGAUUUUCUACCACACUUUUAUUUCUAUCAUAAAAAUUGUCAAUUGUAAGAUAAACAAGAAAUUAAUAUUUAUCCAUCAUCCUCAGUUAGCUGACUUGUUUUCUUGAAACGACACUUUGCAUACAAUAUUGGUAUUUAAAUAUCCCGCUCUGUCAUUCUUAAUCAUUUGACCAGUACGAACACAGAUAUCACGUGGGUAGUUCUAACCAAUGAAAACUUGGAAUUCAUAGCGGUAUUUAACGCUUCGUGGCACGGAGUACUUACUAAGUCCGACUGUGGACACAUUGUGGAUGUGAAUGCCCUGGUUUAAAAUUAUCAUUAGAAUACAUAAAAUCAAGUUUUAAUAAAAUGAAAGUGAAACAAGAAUUUAGUGAGGAAACGUGCAAAAUAGAAAUAGAGUAUAAUGACUUUAAUAAUGCUCUUCUAGAUGGUUUUAAAUGUGAAAUCAAAGAGGAAUCCAAUAGCCAAAGUACACAUGGCACAUAUGAUUCUUUUGACUUAAAGAAAUGUCCCAUAAAAACUGAAAUAGAACAACAUGGCAAUGAACUUAAUCCAUUUGAAGAAAAACAAGAAUCUGAAAAAGGUUGUCUCCAAGAGAACAAAAUAGAGAUGAUGGAGACACUAACUGAACAUUCAUCACAUGAAGAAAAUUAUAUUAAUCAACAUGCGGAAGGAAAAACAUUAAAUAAAAAUGUUAGAGUUGUGACUGGAAAAAAACCUUACAAGUGUGAAAUUUGUUUUAAGCAGUUUAGUGUAGCAGGUAGUUUGAAAACACAUUUGAAAGUGCAUACUGGAGAAAGACCUCACAAGUGUGAAAUUUGUUUUAAGCAGUUUACUAACACAAGUAAUUUGAAAGUGCAUUUGAGAGUGCACACUGGAGAAAAACCUCACAAGUGUGAAAUUUGUUUUCAGCAUUUUAGUCGAGCACAUCAUUUAAAAUCACAUUUGAUGAGUCACACUGGAGAAAAACCUCAUAAGUGUGAAAUUUGUUUUAAGCAGCUUAGUCGAGUAGAAUAUUUGAAUGGCCAUUUGAGAGCGCACACUGGAGAAAAACCUCACAAGUGUGAAAUUUGUUUUAAGCGGUUUAGUUAUAAAAGUAAUUUAAAAACACAUUUAAGAUUGCACACUGGAGAAAAGCCUUACAAGUGUGAAGUUUGUUUUAAACAGUUUACUCAUAAAAUUUCUUUGGAUGAACAUACGAAAGGUCACACUGGAGAAAAGCCUUACAAGUGUGAAAUUUGUUUGAAGCAGUUUUCUCAGAAGGUUCAUUUAAAUAGUCAUUUAAUAUUACACACUGGAGAAAAUCCUUAUAAAUGUGAAAUUUGUUGUAAGCAGUUUACUAGAACAGAUAAUUUGAAAAAACACUUGAGAUUGCACACUGGAGAAAAACCUCACAAGUGUGAAAUUUGUUUUCAGCAUUUUAGUCGAGCACAUCAUUUAAAAUCACAUUUGAUGAGUCACACUGGAGAAAAACCUCAUAAGUGUGAAAUUUGUUUUAAGCAGUUUAGUCGAGUAGAUCAUUUGAAUGGCCAUUUGAGAGUGCACACGGGAGAAAAACCUCACAAGUGUGAAAUUUGUUUUAAGCAGUUUAGUUAUAAAAGUAAUUUAAAACAACAUUUAAGAUUGCACACUGGAGAAAAGCCUUACAAGUGUGAAGUUUGUUUUAAACAGUUUACUCAUAAAAUUUCUUUGGAUGAACAUAGUCGAGUAGAUCAUUUGAAUGGCCAUUUGAGAGCGCACACGGGAGAAAAACCUCACAAGUGUGAAAUUUGUUUUAAGCAGUUUAGUUAUAAAAGUAAUUUAAAACCACAUUUAAGAUUGCACACUGGAGAAAAGCCUUACAAGUGUGAAAUUUGUUUGAAGCAGUUUUCUCAGAAGGUUAAUUUAAAUAAUCAUUUAAUAUUACACACUGGAGAAAAUCCUUAUAAAUGUGAAAUUUGUUUUAAGCAGUUUACUAGAACAGAUAAUUUGAAAAAACAUUUGAGAUUGCACACUGGAGAAAAACCUCACAAGUGUGAAAUUUGUUCUAAACAAUUUAGUGAAGCAGGAACUUUAAAAGGACAUUUGAGAGUUCACACUGGGGAAAAACCUCACAAGUGUGAAAUUUGUUUGAAGAGGUUUACCAACUCAGGGGAUUUGAAAAGACAUUUGAGAGUGCAUACUGGAGAAAAGCCUUACAAGUGCGAAAUCUGUUUUAAGCAGUUUAGUGAAGCAAGUACUUUAAGAACACAUUUGAGAGUGCACACUGGGGAAAAGCCUUACAAGUGUGAAAUUGAAUCGGUGAGUGAAAGAACAAUAUAAACGCCAAAAACGACAUUUUGAACUAGAUAGCCAAAAUACGUUUAAUAGGUUAAUGCAUCACUGGGCAAAAGAACAGUAUAAACACAACUCUCUGCGAUUCAAUAUCGACAUAGUCCAUUCGGGUUAGACGAAUAACAGGCCUAACCUUGCAUUAGGAGCUGCCCCAAAUUUUAUUUUUUUAAUCUUUAGGGGGGUCAAUAGUAGUGUAAAUUUAAAAUCUCGACUGAAUUCCGCCAUUGCGUUAGCCGCCAUCUUGAUUUUAAACGAGAACCGUUUUUGCUCAAUAUCUCCGCCAUUUUCAACUUUCCGACAAAAAGUAUAACAACCAAAAUUGUUGAAAAUGUAAUUUUCUAUCAUUUCUAGUUUUACAGUUUUUUCGUGCCAUCGAUAUUUUCCGAGUUAUAGCGGAAAAUAGUGACAGUUAUAUAUAAAUAGAGCAUAAUUAUUGAAUUAUCUCGUUUAUUGUUAGUUUUACCACAAAAAUGUUCCUAUACAAAAAUAGAGAGAAUUGAAUUCUACACAAUUUUAGUUUCUUUAAUUUUUUUGCUAAAGUUAAUAUUUAAGGUAGUAUGUAUGCGAUAAUGGCGCGAGCGUAAGACCUGAUUGAUUUUGUAGCAAUUGUUUUUGUUCAAUAUCUACGCCAUUUUCAACUUAAAUUGUUCCAAAUAUGAUUUCCUACAAUUUCUUUUUAACAAUGUUUUUCAUGCGGUUGAUAUUUUCCGAGUUAAGUGGGAAAAUAGUAAAAAGUGGUGGGGGAGCAUAAUUACUGAAUUGAAUCUUUUUUCCGAGCUGCCCCAAAUUCUAUCCUUUAGGGGAGAUCAAUAGUAGUGUAAAUUUAAAAUCUCGACUGAAUUCCGCGGUUGCAUUAGCCGCCAUAUUGAUUUUAAAGGAGAACCGUUGUUGCUGAAUAUCUCCGCCAUUUUCAACUUUUCGACAAAAACGGUAGGAACUAAAAUUGUUGGAAACGCAAUUUCCUACAAUUUCUUUUCCACAAUUUUUUUAUGCGAUCAAUAUUCUCCGAGUUAAGGAGGAAAAUAGUGGAAGCGGAGGGGAAGCAUAAUUAUUGAAUUGUCUCAUUUAUUAUUAACUUUACGACAUAAUUGUACAUAAACAAAAAUAAAGAGAAUUAUAUUUUAUACAAUUUUUGAAACUUCCAAUGACACACCAACCAAACUAAGUACAUAAAAGACAUAAAUAAUAACUUAUAUGCAUUAAGUUCACUUAAUUUUAUUAACUAGCUGGUUUUAUUGGUUGAAUUUGUCUGUCGAUAAUUAAGUUUCAUGUCAGCUAACAUAUUUUAAUAUUUCAACAAUUUUUUUUUAAUUUUGGACCCCGUUGGGGGGAAUUUUCCCAUCCCCCCUCUUAGACCCGCCACUGGUUCUCUCGAAACAUUGUAGUACAUUGUAAUUGCAACAAUUUCAGUCCUUACACUUUUUGUCGAAAAGUUGAAAAUGGGGAAGAUAUUGAACAAAAACAAUUGCUUUAAAAUCAAUCGGGUCUUACGCUCGCGCCUUUUCCGCAUACGUACUACCUUAAAUAUUAAUUUUAUC